AUCAAAAAAGCCAAAAAUCCAUUGUUUCAAUUAAAGCUUGAUACACCAGAAGUAAUUGCCAAAUGGAUUGAAGAACGUAAAAAACGUUAUCCAACUGAAGCGAAUAUUGCACGUAAAAGAAAGUUAGAAGAAGAAAAAAAGGCUCAUGUGUGUAUCAAAUACCGACAAGGACAUUGCCCUAAAGGCAAUGAUUGUCAAAAUUUACAUAAAGGAAAAUUAGUUAGUCCGCCAAUUAUUUCAAAAGUUCCAGAUCAUAAAAGAGUUCAUUGUAGAAAUUUACGUGAAAUGCUAUUGUAUAAGGAAACCGUAAAGGAAAAGAAUGUGAUUUUACAGUGUCUUAGAUAUAUUGUAAAGAAAAAAUUUUUUGGGAUUGCUACCAAUAGGAUGUUACAAGAAGAAAAAAAUAAAGGUGGACCAGAAAUUGUUGAAAUGAAAUAA